AUGGGAUUAUUGUCUAUCCUGGAGAAUCAUCCGGUGGUCGCCAUUGCUGGCGCGCUGCUGAUUGUCUACAAGAUCUUGUCGGCAUGGCUGGCCAAGUCCCCGACGAUGCCGGACCUGCCGUGGAGCGGCUCUCACAAAUCGAAGCUGGAAAUCUUGAAGAGAGGUCGCACUUGGAUGACGGAAGGCUAUCAAAAGGUGUUCGAAUCCGAGAGCGAGACCUAUCCUGAUACUGAUGAUCCAGACAGUAUGCGAAAAAUGGCAAGUCGCACAUCUUGCCAGACAUUUCCGGCACGAAAUUUAUCAUGAUUCCAAAUGAGAAAGCUCAGUGGAUGUUUGACCAUUCAGACAUUCAGUUGAGCGUGGGAGCAGCUCAUUAUGAUCAGUACGUCUGGAUAUGGUAGUCGCUUUUCGGUACUCGGAAUCGCACUGACUUUCCAGACUCGCUGGAGACUAUUCGUUCACAAAUCCGGAGGUAUUGGGGAAAUUGUAUCAUGAGCAUGUGGUAAGUUGGGAUCAUGGACGUCAGAUACAGAUUCGACCGACGCAUAUCACUAAUCGUAUCCAAAGAUUCAUCGUAACUUGGCUCGAAAGUUGCAGGUCAUUAUUCCCGAGAUCUGGGAUGAGGUUCAAGCUUGCUUCAAUGACCUAUGGGGAAACGAUACGGAGGAGUGGAAGGACAUCGUGGUGUUCGAGAGCAUCACGGCCAUGGUUGCGCGCCUCAGCAACCGACUGCUUGUCGGCCUGCCCUUGUGCCGGAACGAAAAGUUUCUCAAGGCCAACGCAGCCUUCGCGCAGGACGUGAUCAAUUGUUUGAUCGCCAAUCAGCUCAUUCCCGAUAUCCUCAAAAGCGUGCUCAUGCCAAUCGCUGCGCUACCGAACAACUACCACUACUGGCAGACUCGGAAGUACACACUUCCGAUUAUCAAGCAGAGGAUCGCAGACAUAGAAGAGCAGGAGAGGAACCCAGAUGUUAAGAUCAAGAUUCCAGAAGACUACUUCACCUGGCAUAUCCGUCUAGCCAAGUCUGAGGGCAAAGUCAGAGAGUCCGAACCAGACUUCAUCUCCCGCGCCGUACUUGGCAUUGAGUUCGCCGCCCUGCAUACAACUUCAAUCACUGGCACCAACGCCCUGUUCGAUCUUGCUGGAUCGAACCCUAGUGUCCUCGCUGGCAUCCGCGAGGAAGUCGAAAGAGUCUACGAGGAGGCAAACGGAGUCUGGACAAAGCAAGAACUGAACAAGCUGCUGAGAACCGAUUCGGCUCUUCGAGAGACCAUGCGCAACAACGAUAUCACGCCUCAUACCACGCGCAAAGUCGUUGCAAAGGACGGCGUUCGCAAUGCCGAAGAGGGCUGGACGGCGCCGUAUGGGAGCUCUAUCGCCGUGAACAAUGCGGAUAGACACCACGACCCUGACAUCUACCCGAGCCCGAACCAGUACGAUGCCUUUCGAUUUUCCCGACCGAGAGAAGCUUUCCAGGCAAGCGGUAGCAAUAUGGGAGAGCAGGAGAAGAUGGAAUUUCUGAAACUGCAGAAUACAAGCUUCACCAGUACGAGUGAGAAUUUCUUGCCUUUUGGCCAUGGAAGGCAUGCUUGGUGAGUCUGCCCCCGACGUCGGAUGUGCGUAUGUCGUCGAUUGCCUGCUGAUUUUUUUUUUUUUUUUUUAGCCCGGGUCGCUUCUUCGUGCAGCAGGAACUCAAGAUGGUUUUGGCUUAUAUGGUCAUGAACUACGACAUUGAGCCUCUCCCUGGCCGCCCGGCCUCGACGCUGUUCGGCAUGACGCUUGUGCCUCCCAUGAAGGCCAAAAUUCGUGUGAAGAGAAGAGCAACUAAAACUUGA